UUUCCGCUGCCGGCCCUGGGCCCGGGCCUUGGAAGAGGAGAGCUGGAGCUGCCGCUGGCUCCCCCCGCCCUCCAAUGGAGGGGUGCAUGAGACCCUGAGCCUCGCUUCCCCUGCCCGUGGGGCGGCCUGCCCUGGAACCCAGCAGAUAUGACAGAAUACAAACUGGUGGUGGUAGGCGCUGGUGGUGUUGGUAAAAGUGCAUUGACCAUACAAUUGAUCCAAAAUCACUUUGUGGAUGAAUAUGACCCCACUAUAGAGGAUUCAUACCGGAAGCAAGUGGUAAUUGAUGGAGAGACAUGUCUCUUGGAUAUCUUGGACACAGCUGGGCAGGAGGAGUACAGUGCCAUGCGUGAUCAGUACAUGAGAACAGGAGAAGGCUUCCUUUGUGUUUUUGCAAUCAACAACACAAAGUCUUUUGAAGAUGUUCACCACUACAGGGAACAAAUCAACCGUGUGAAGGACUCUGAUGAUGUUCCUAUGGUGCUUGUUGGCAAUAAGUGUGAUCUGCCCUCUCGGACAGUGGAUACUAAACAAGCUCAGGAGCUUGCCAGAAGCUAUGGAAUCCCUUUUGUUGAGACCUCUGCCAAAACCAGACAGGGCGUGGAGGAUGCAUUCUACACCCUGGUGCGAGAAAUCCGAAAACACAAGGAAAAGAUCAGCAAUGGACGCAAGAAGAAAUCUUCCAAAAGGAAGUGUAUUAUCCUCUGAAGGAGAGACACUGCUGCACUGCUGGGAGUGCAAAAAGCCCUUUGAGUUUGGGUAUUUUCCCAAGCUGUGAGAUAAAUUCUGAUGGCCAUGCCCCCUCACCCUUUUUGGCUGCAAGGAAAUGGUGGUAGAGUUCUUAAAAUGUCAAUUAUUUUACUAUUUUUAAAACUGGGACAUUGUAUCCAAUAUGAGGAAGAUUUGUAACCACAUCUGAUGUUCCCGUUGCUUCUUGCCCCUUCAUAAAAAUAAGCAAAAACCGUAUUUCCAGUCUUUAGGAUUAUAGUGGUCUCUUCUAAAAAGUGACCUGUUACAUCCUGAUCUAUACAGGUUAGAUGGAAGUGAUAGCAAGAAGGCUGGGUCUCAGUCAGAACCUUGGGGGCCUUUCUCAUUUUUGUAGGAUUUACCCUACUUUGGUUCUCUGCAGGACUGAGAAGCAAGCCACAUAGACUUGGCCCUACCAUUUUUUUGCUAGCAGGAGAUUAAGCAUGACUUUGGAUAAAGAUCUGUUUGAAGGUGAAGGUGGUGAUGAGAAAUGCCAAGAGAAACCGUGGAAGGCCAAACCCUCUAUAGCCGAAUAUUUCAUCCCACUGUAUUAAAAUAGAUGGUGCUCAUUUCUUUUUCUUCUGGGUGGUUGAAUUUCUUAUAAGUUGUUUUCAUUUGGCCAUUUUGUAUAACUUGACAGCAAAGACUUCUCACCUUGAAAUGUUAGGGGAAAAUACACUUCUCACCAAGUUUUAUCCAAAAUGAGAUGCAAUGUUGUCAAGGUGAGAAAGAGGUAGGUUUGGCUAACUUGUAAAAUAGCUUCCUCCAGCUGAAGUCAAUGGCAUCUGAUGCCAUACAACACAUAACUACUUGUCUUUGGAGAUGGAUGAAUAUUGGCACUAAGAGAAGCAUCCUAAUACAAUUUGUCACUGUUUGCCUCUUCUACUAAAUUGAUGUUAAUGUACUCAGUCUAGGGGUGAUGGUACAUUUUAGAAACAGAAAGGAGAAAUACAAUCCAAAGAACUCUUAAUCUUCUCUCUCUAUUAGCCUCUUGGAUAUUUUGCCUAGUCCUCAUGGGAAGGGGAUAUAGGUACUUACAGACUGACAGGGAAAUAACAAAUAUGAAUUAUUGCCUUGUUAAUCUUAAAGACAUUGGAUUCUAUCUUGUGUUUUUACCUUUCUCUACCCCAACCAAAAAAAGACAACUCAGAAUCCUUUGUUUGAUUUUUUUUCCCAUGGUCCUGAGGAACUGUACAGUAAAUGCCACCACUUGGAAUAAACCUGUGAAUAAGCUACCUGAUCUAUGAGAAUAGACACCUUUUUCUAAAGCAGGUGCCAACUUCAGAACAACGGAGCAAUCCUUCCUCUCAGGUUUGCAGCAGUUAUCUGUCUUUCCUGCAACAGGCUGUUUUGGGAAGUUGUAGAAUCUGUGAAGACUUUUAAGGAAAUGAUUUCUGAUUAUCAGUUCAUAACUUAAGACUUGGAAUCAGCAAAUCCUUUCCUUAAAGUACACACGUUUAUAAAAGGUUUGUUUUUUGUUCAGCUUAAUUUCUAACUGUUGUAAUUUUCUCCCCAUAUCCAUCAGUUUGAUUAAAGACCCCUGGAGUACUCAAA